AUGGCCCCGAACGAACCGUCCGCCAGCCUCCUGGCGGCUCAGCAACGCAACUUCCACCACCCGUACGAGCCCUACGAAAUCCAGAAGCAGUUGAUGAGUGCUUUGUACGAGUGCAUCGAGACCGGAAAAGUCGGCAUCUUCGAAUCACCCACAGGUGAGCCUCCUGGCCUCUCGACUGGCAAAUCUCUGAGUCUCAUUUGCGCAUCUUUGACCUGGCUACGGGACCACAAGCGCCGCACCUUUGAAGAAGGCCUUGCCACCGAGACUCUUGACCAAGAUGAGCCCGAGUGGAUGCUGGAGUACGCUCGCGGGGAGAAGCGCCGCGCCGCCUUGCAGCAACGCGCCGACCUGGAGGAGAGACUUGCAAGAGUGCGCGCAAAGGAGAAAAAACUGAAGGAAAGGUAUUCAAAUGGCGAGCCUCAUUUCAAGCGACAGAAAACCGCUGCCACUGACCCGGAUCUCGAUGACGAUGACGAGGCCCGUUUUGUACUCGACGACUAUGAGAGCGAUGAUGAGACUGCCAAAAUGGAAAAGUCCCACCGGAACCCCGAGUCUGGAUACUCGGCCGAAACCGAGGCCCUCAUGAAAAAGUUGGGCAUGCCAAUCGGGAAAAAGGGCAGUGAUGAAGACAGUGAUGUCGUGGAUGAGCUCAAAGUCUUUUACUGCUCCCGGACACAUUCCCAACUGUCUCAGUUUUCUGGCGAGCUGAGACGCGUCAGGAUGCCCCCUGCAAUCACCUCGACUACGUCCAAUGCUAAACCCGACGCCGAUGACGAGGUCGGAGAAGCUUUCAAACACCUUACCUUGGGAUCGAGAAAAAACCUCUGCAUCAACCCCAAGGUCCAGAAGCUCGCGAGCACGGCGCUCAUCAACGAGAAGUGUCUUGAUUUGCAGAAGCCGGGGACCGCCGCAGACCACAAAUGCUCUUUUCUUCCGACAAAAGAGACCGAGGCUAUUGUCAACGACUUCCGUGACCACGCUUUGGCCGAUGUCCGGGAUAUUGAGGAUCUGGGUGCCAUAGGCAAGAAGCUCGGCGUCUGUCCUUACUACGCAUCUCGCCCGGCCGUCAAACCAAGCGAGAUCGUCACACUGCCGUAUCCCCUGCUACUUCAGAAGAGUGCCCGAGAAGCUCUUGAUAUCAACAUGAAAGACCACGUUGUCAUCAUCGACGAAGCUCACAAUCUCAUGGAUGCCAUCAACGGAAUCUACUCCGUCUCCGUCUCCCUCUCACAGCUGCAGCGCUCCCGAAGCCAGUUGACCACCUACCUUCAAAAAUUUCGAAACAGGCUGAAAGGCAAGAAUCGGGUAUACGUUGCGCAGACGGUCAGGUUACUGGACUCACUGGUAGGCUACUUACAAGGCACAGCGGCCAAAGCUACUGACGCGGAGGGCGUGGUGCAAAUCGGGGACCUCAUGUCCGGUAAAGGCGUGGACCAGAUCAACCUUUACAAGCUGCUGCGGUACCUGGACGAGAGCAAGCUGGCACGAAAAGUCGACGGGUACAUCGUCUACGCCGAAGAGCACGAUAACGACAAAGCCGCCGCAUCACGAAGGUCAACUCAGCCACGCGAGGCGAAGUCCUCUAUGCCGGUGUUGAUGCACAUCCAGAGCUUCUUCUACGCCCUCCUCAACCCCUCCGCCGAAGGCCGCUUCUUCUACGCCAAGGAUGACGAUGAUCUGGGACUGUGCUUGAAAUACAUGCUCUUAGAUCCUACCCACCACUUUCGCGAGAUCGUGGACUCUGCCCGCGCCGUCAUCCUCGCCGGCGGAACCAUGUCGCCCAUGAGCGACUACUCCCAGCACCUCCUCUCCUACCUGCCAGCAUCCCGCAUCAUGACCCUCUCCUGCGGGCACGUCAUCCCGCCGUCCAACCUCCUCGCGUGGCCCGUGACGAGCGGUCCCAGCGGCGCGCCGUUCGACUUCCGGUUCGAGAAGCGCAACUCGGAAGCCAUGAUGGUGGACCUCGGCGCAGCUCUACUGACCUUCACGUCUGCCAUCCCGGACGGGGUCGUCGUGUUCUUCCCGAGCUACGCGUACCUGGACCGGUGCCUCGAGGCGUGGAGGCGGGUGGCAGCACCACCGUCGUCGUCGUCGACGUCUACUGCCAAAACGAUGUACGCAGCCCUCGCCUCCAUCAAGCCCAUCUUCCACGAGGCCAAGACCAAGGCGGCCACCAGUACCGCCACCACUCCUCCCAUGACUACCGAUGCCGUCCUAGCCGCCUACACGCAUGCCGUCACGACCGCCCCGGGUGGACGCGGCGCCCUCCUCCUCGCCGUCGUCGGCGGCUCCCUCAGCGAAGGCAUCAACUUCAGCGACAGCCUCGGCCGAGGCGUCGUCGUCGUCGGGCUGCCGUACCCGCCCGCGCAGUCGGCCGAGUGGAAGGCGCGGUUGGGGUACGUGGCGCGGAAAGCGCGUGAAGGCGGCGAAAGCGCAGACGGGAAACAUGCAGCCCGCGAGUUCUACGAGAACGCGUGCAUGCGGGCGGUGAACCAGUGCGUGGGGAGAGCGAUCAGGCAUCGCGGGGAUUAUGCGGCUGUGUUGUUGGUGGAUAGGCGGUAUGAGGGAGGGUCGGUUCGCGCGAAGUUGCCGGGGUGGAUCAGGGGGAGUUUGAAAAGUGCGGCGGGGGCGGAGGUGGUGGGGAGGGGGUUGGAGGCAUUCUUUAGAGAGAAGGCGAGGGGAUGA